UGAUGACCAGAUCUUGUGCCUCCUUCCAGAACCAGUGUCUGUCAAUAAAAGACCAUUCCUAAUUGAAACCAACGUCUGGAGGCAUUUGGAAGAGCAUCUGCUAAUUUGAGCAACAGUGUUCAAACAAUGAAGGCUUGAGUUCCAAAGUGUAUUGUUCUAUUAUCAAGAGAACACAGAGCCAGUCAGAACAGUUCCACACAUCAGUAAGUGAAAACAUAUUAAAUAGCAUCUGGAGCUACAGUCAAUUGGAAUGGCCUAAGCAGUGGCAGAUCUAAACACUGCCACGCUGUAAUAUUAAUUCAUGUAUUGACCCACUUACUUGUACAAGACAAAUACAAACAAGGUCUGAAAACCAGGGCUUCUGCAGGUAUGUUUUAAGGAUCCAAAGAGGUGCGAGCUUCUUACAUGACACCUUUAAUAAGCAUAACUGACUUGCAAUUCUGGUGAUUUGGAUUUCAAGGAUUCCCGUUACACUUGAACUGGCUGUGAGCAUGCCAGUCAACAGGCACAGCAGCUGGCUGAUUAUAACAGGAAAGGCAUUCUCGAAAGAAAGCACUUUCACUCUCUAGAUGUCCAUUAAGGUGCAAGAUUACUUAUAAGUGAGUGCUUGGAAUGGAAAGGCAACACCGCACAAAGGAAAAGGUCUUUCCAGUGAACUAAAGGUCUGCAGUCAAGAGAGAAGUACGCUCAUCAGAGCCAAUUAAAUUGCAUGGGAAAUGCACAGAAUGAUUUUGUUAGCUACAAUCAUUUUAAACAUCUCUGUAAACUGCUACCUGUAUUUAAAUGGACUUGGAGAAACACAAUCAGCCCUUUGUCAAACAGGACAGGUACAGGACUGUGGGUGCACUUCCUCAUGAAGCCAAAUGCCCACCGCUCCCAUCAGCACACACACUUCAUUUGCUGAAGCUUCCUACUGAUUUUCAACCAUAUCAGUCAAUCAGCGAGGCUCAACAGUCAAGGAAGCAUCAAAAGAGACACAAUGAACAACAUCAGCUGUAACAACAUUGACUUCAGCUCUGACCAGACCUUUCUCUCUGUGCUCUACGGCUUUGUCUUCUGCAUUGGCUUGCCCACCAACUGCCUGGCCCUCUACGGGCUGUACCGCCUGGAGAAGACUGACAACGCCCUUCCUGUCUACGUCAUCAACCUGCUCUUAUCAGACCUGCUGCAGAUCAGCAUGCUGCCACUCUGGAUUGACUACUACAGCCACGGCCACGUGUGGCGCUUCGGGGUGACAGCAUGCGUCUUCGUCUGCUUCAUCUCCAACGUCAGUCUUUACAGUAGCAUCUUUUUCCUGUGUUGCAUCUCUCUGGAGAGGUACCUGGCCAUCACCCACCCUCUGUGGUACAGAAACCUGCACACCCCCAAGCUAACUGCCAUGACCUGCGUGGGUCUGUGGGUUGCUGUUACCUUGGUGGUCUUAAUGGACUAUCUCAUUGGUUUGGGAACCGUAACCGAACCCCAAUGUUUAGAGCAUUACCCAAGGAAGUGGAGCUAUGCCGUGCUCCAGUUACUUCUCAAGACUUUCACUUUUCCUUUGCCGUUGUUCCUGCUAGUUUUUGUUCACAGAAGGACCCGGGUGAGCCUUGCCCAUUCCGUUUCAGUGAGCGCUGAAGAGAAGAAAAGGAUCAGCAGCUUGCUAGCCCUAGUGGUGAUCAUAUUUACCCUGGUCUUUGGUCCUCACCACCUCAUUGUGUUUGUGAAAUACAUUGGGCUAAUUGUUCUUGGGGAGAACUGUGAAUUUGAGUCCAGGAUUUUUCUCUGUUACCAGGUUUCAGGGGGAUUGGGGAGCCUGAACAGCCUCCUGGAUCCAGUCUUGUAUAUAUUCCUUUGUAGAGAUGUUGGAGUCUUUUCCUUGCUUUCUGAGUCCUAUAAAGCUAUGGCGAGAACGAAGAGCUGAGCAGGAGGGAACAUCUGUCCAGACAGUGUCCAAUACUGGGCUUUUUCAACACAUCGCUGUACACUUUUAUCAGUGAUGUGGGUCUAAGUGUAACUACCAAAUGAGUGUUCUAGAACUAGAACAGACUCAUCCAAGAGAAAGACUAAACUUUUCGCUGUCAGCAACCAGGCAGUGCAGGGAAGCAAUCAAAAAGGAAAAACAAUGCUUGGGUAUAGAGCACAAAUCAAAGAUUAUAUUAUAAGGAGUAUAAUUCACUGGUGAGACCCUCCACACACACACACACUUUUCCUACUGGGGGGUUGUGGCAGGAUUGAAAGGAGUCCUUGUUGUAAUUUGCCCUCCCGACCACUGGCAGCGUUGUGUAGGGUUGACCAUGAUUUGAUCAGGAGGCUGAACUCUGACCAUACAGGAAGUUCCGGGUCAGGCGGCCAUCUUGGCCCAA